CACACUUAGUGUACUAACGACGUUAACUCCUGGGCACUGUGGGGGGCCCCGAUUUUCGCGUGAAGCUACAUAUUGCUUCGCACCACCUCGCCAAUUGAUUAAUUAGUGGCGCCCGCGACACCGCGGACGUCCCGGGACGUUCGAUCGUCAGUUAGUAAUUUACCAGCGAGAAGCUUAUCACGCUGUUGGAGCCCGUAGAGCUGCUGCGAAACUUUGUGCCAAACUUGGACCAAGUCACGAUGCUAGGACCAGUUCGAUGCUCUCUGAUCUUUGUCUUUGCGACCGUCGCGGCCGCCACUUUCUUCGGCUCAAGCUCAACGACCCCCGAGGCAGUCAGUCCGCGGAAGUUUGACGCUUACUGGAACGUGCCCAGCUUUAUGUGUCACAAAUAUGGCAUAAAAUUCGAGAAUCUCAAUGAUUUCGGAAUUCGUCAGAAUAUCAUGGACAAAUUUCGCGGUGAAGAAAUCACGAUCCUGUACGAUCCUGGAAUGUUUCCAGCGUUGCUGACAGAUAAAAAGGGAGACGUAACGAGAAGAAACGGCGGCGUGCCCCAAGAAGGCGACCUGAAGAAACAUCUCGAGAUGUUUCGCAAGCACUUGCUCGAGCAAAUCCCCGACGUCUCGUUCAGCGGCGUCGGCGUAAUAGACUUUGAAAGCUGGCGGCCGAUCUUCCGACAGAACUGGGCCUCUCUCGAACCUUACAAGACCCUGUCCAUAAAAUUGGAACGUGAGCGGCAUCCCUUAUGGAGCGACGCGGCCAUUAAGAAGGAGGCAAAACGUCGCUUCGAGAAGUACGGCAGGAUAUUCAUGGAGGAGACGCUGAAGACGGCGAAGAAGCUGCGGCCGAAGGCCGCUUGGGGCUACUACGGUUACCCGCAUUGCUUCAAUCAGACACCUGGCCAACGCAGCCCGCACUGCAGUCGACAGACCAUGGCAGAAAACGACGGAAUGUCUUGGUUGUUCGAGCUGGAGGACGUGCACCUGCCUUCCGUGUACUUGAGGCAGGAGAUCAAGGAGGUGGAUCGAGUGGGUUUCGUGAAGGGCAGAGCAUCGGAGGCGUUGCGGAUGGCAGGGAAGAGCACGCGCGAGCAACCAGUCCUUCCCUACACCUGGUUCAAGUAUCAGGACCAGAGGAACGACUUCCUGACCAAGAAGGAUACCGAAAAUGCAAUCAAUAUUAUUGCCAGUCUCGGCGCUGAAGGUCUGAUCAUCUGGGGCAGCUCCGAAGACACGGAUACAGAGCAGAAGUGCAGGGAUCUGCAGCGGUACUUGAGAGAGGUCUUGGGGCCAGCGAUCAGGCGACUCGUGAAAAAGGAGGAGCUGAAGGAGAACCCUGGUGGUGGAGGUGGAGGAAGAAGAAGAGGAGGAGACGACGGGAGGCUGGCGGGAGGAGGAGGAGGAGAACGGAACACGAGAGAUCGGCAGCAGCACAGUAUCGUGCUUAGCUCAGCUCGGCUCGGCUCUCAAGCCUCGUGGUAUCGGAAGCCACCGAGUACUCGAAAGGUCGAGGUUCUCGUACGCACUCCCUCGAGUUCCACGUUCGUGCACUUCGCCUCCGGGAUCAUGGGGACGAUAUGGCGGCUCUUCAUGGCGACAAUGUUGCUGCUAACGAUGCACUCUGCACUGCUGGAUGCUCAUCGUGAACACAAGGUUCACAACAUCGUGCUGUAUCCAGAUAAGCACAGCUGGUGCAAGACGACACCCAUAAAGCAAGUGGUGACGUGGCCGCAAUGUUCCUCGCAGGAAUUGGACAACAACGUAUGUGUCGGCGCCUGUUUCUCAUACAUGGUCCCUCACAGUGAACCCUCCGCACCCGGUGACCUCAUAAGACCUUACUGCGACUCUUGCCAACCUCUGGACAGCGUUUGGCACACAGUUACAUUAGAUUGCAAAGACGAGCAGAAUAAUCCGAUAACAAUGCAGAAGAAGGUGCAAAUCAUCACAAACUGCUCCUGCAGCUCCUGCAUGGAGACUUCGAAGAUCAAGCCAGACUACAACACCUUGCUGCAAUCCCUGAAUGAGGAGAACUUGGACAAGAAUGUGAACGUGGUACACGAAACACCGGAUUUGCUGUUAGAUCCAAACUUGAAUGCCUCGAAGAACACAACGAGGGAUGGAGGACAACCCAACGAGCGCUUCUUGCAACUCUUCAAGAAACUGAAGGACUCGCAGAAGCUGAAUGAGUCCGGCGUGAAAGAGAUGUUCUCCAAAUUCGAAGAGGAGAUCGAUCUCUCGGAGAAGCUGAAGGAGGUAUUCAAGAAAUACAGCCAGGAGGACGAGGAGGGUCAGCACGAGCAUCACCAUCAGCACCAGCACGAGCAUCAGCAUCAACACCAGCAGCAACAGCAGCAGCAUCUGCAUCGCGGACCCCAUCACUCCUUGGUGCUGGACUCGGACGUGAAGGAGAAGAUCGACGUGGAGCCACAUUACCUGCAUCCUGCUGUUGCCGGUCAAGAGAUCAGUUAUCACGACAACAUCCUCGUAGGCAAGGAGAAGAAGAAGGAUUUCUAAGCUCGCAAUAUUCGCAGGAGUCGGUCGAGAUCCGUAGAAAACGCGUCUGCAGGCACUUUGAUAAGCGAGCGAUUUGGACACCUAGUCUAUAAUCUGAUUUUGUUUUCACGCUGCUUGCGUAGCGAUAAUUGGAUCGUGAGAUAUUAAUUGUUGAUGUAUUUAUUGCGGAUUUUACCACUUUUAUAUCUUAUAGAGAAACGUAUCUCAAGAAAUUCUUUCCGGACGUACAGAUUAAAAAUAAUAUUGUAAAGUAAACUCGAUAUCUCGUAAUUAAAUUCUGUACUCGCUAUUGAAGACGAAGAAGAAUGGUCGCAAGAGAGCGUGCGUAGGAGAGUGAAAGAAUUAGUAGGAUGUGGGAGAAAAUUCUAAUAUAUAUUUAUGAUUGUUAUUAUGUUAGUUAAUAAUUAUUUAAAGAGCUGCAAAAAAAAUACGAUCGGGCACUCACUCGACUUUAAGCAUACGGAGUGAUGCUCUAGCGAGAUCUGAAUCUCGAUCGAUGAAUGUAUGAAUAACACUCUCGGCUCUGACUAAGUCUCAACAUGUCGUCGAUUGCUGUGACAUAUAAGCAUCGCAUUAUUCUCUUGAAGAAUAAAGAGACCAGACCGUCAA